UCACUUGUCCGUCGCGCCGGAUCCUUGCUCCUUUCAUUGUAUUGCUAGAGGACCCCGCCGAUUUGCGCUCCACGGAACCUGAAAUUAGCAACAACGUGCAGGUCAUCCUAUUCGAAAGAGCAUCGCUAUUGUGGAGAGACAGGUAUUUCCUGAAGAAGGCCGAACAUCUUGUUUCUCUCUUUUUCUUUUUUCUUUUUUUUUUUUUUUUAAGACCAUUUCUUUAUAUCCCUGCCCUUUAAUUUUUAUUUUUUUUUCUUCAGCGUGUAUUUUUAUUACCUUAUUUUGUUUUUGAUACCUUCAGAUUCUGCAUCUGUGAAGUGUCUACAUGGCAGUCAGAAGGGGCCACAUUAGAUACUUAAAAGAGGUGUAUGACAUGUCUAACGGUUAUGAGGAUCACAUGGCUGAUGAGGCGAAGGACAGCAAAACAAACCUUAUUGUGAAUUACUUGCCACAGAACAUGACCCAGGAUGAGUUGCGAAGUCUUUUCAGCAGUAUUGGGGAAGUGGAAUCUGCAAAACUCAUCCGGGAUAAAGUGGCAGGUCACAGCUUGGGGUAUGGGUUUGUAAACUAUGUAAACCCUGGGGAUGCAGAGAGGGCCAUCAAUACACUCAACGGGCUGAGGCUACAGUCGAAAACUAUCAAGGUCUCCUAUGCUCGUCCCAGCUCUGAAACCAUCAAGGAUGCCAACCUUUACAUCAGUGGGCUUCCCAAGACCAUGACACAGAAAGAUGUGGAAGACAUGUUCUUGCGAUAUGGCCGUAUCAUCAACUCCCGUGUCCUUGUUGACCAGGCCUCAGGUUUGUCUAGAGGGGUUGCUUUUAUUCGUUUUGACAAAAGGGCAGAAGCAGAAGAUGCCAUUAAAGACUUAAAUGGUCAGAAACCCCCUGGAGCGACAGAGCCCAUCACAGUCAAGUUUGCUGCCAAUCCCAACCAAACCAAGAACACUGCACUCCUUUCUCAGUUGUAUCAUUCACAGUCACGCCGUUUUGGAGGGCCGGUACACCAUCAGGCUCAGAGAUUUAGGUUCUCUCCCAUGAGUGUUGAUCACAUGAGUGGCCUCUCCGGAGUCAGCAUUCCUGGAAACUCCACAUCAGGCUGGUGCAUCUUUAUCUACAACCUGGGCCAGGAUGCAGAUGAGGGCAUUCUUUGGCAAAUGUUUGGUCCCUUCGGUGCCGUUACCAAUGUCAAAGUGAUCCGCGACUUCAAUACAAACAAAUGCAAAGGGUUUGGUUUUGUGACCAUGACAAACUAUGAGGAAGCUGCUAUGGCAAUUGCCAGUCUCAAUGGUUAUCGCCUUGGGGACAAAAUUCUGCAAGUCUCGUUCAAGACCACCAAGUCACACAAGUAAAACCACUUUGCUUUUACUUGUGUAUUUUCUACGAAAGAGGAAAAAAAACAACAAAAAUUAAGUUACACCAUUAAAGGCUUUUUUUUUUUUUUGUUUUGUUUAGUGUAAUAUCCAUUUAGCGCCAAUUUUCAGAAGUGUUCUCUUUGUCUAUAGGAAAGUGUAGCAGUUUUUUUUUUUUUUUUUCGUUUAUUUUCUGUUUUUGGUUUCCUCCCCAUCCCCCUUUUUUCACUUAAUGGGAUGCAAUGAACUGAGCAUAGUUCCCCACUUGGUGUGUUAAGUCAGAAGAAACAGUACAUUCAAAAUUGCUGCUUGAUCGUCUGAAUUUCAUAAUCUUUGGCCUAAACAUUUGUCCCUUUUGCCUUUGGUGGUUCAGUUCUUUGCUUGCAGCUAUCUUUUUCGUGUAGCGCAAUCCCAUCAUAUCCUAAAUAACCAUCAAAGAAAGUAAAUGAGUACAUUCAGGCCAAUAUCCUAAAUUGUAUGUAUUUCAAAGCAUGUUUGUUUUAUUUGGUGUUGUGUCUCUCACAUGGAUAUAUAGAUGUAUUUUAAAUUGAACACUUUUUUUUAGAAUUUUUUUUUUGUGCUGAAAAUUAAUCUUCUCUAAAAUGGCCUUACAUGAACUCAAGUUCUUGUGUAGUGGUGAAGCAGUUAUUGUAAAAUGAAUAAUAACUUACCCGGUCAAGGAAAGGGACGGGGAUUGUUUGUAUAUGGAACUGGUUGGGUCUUGGUGGGGGAAAAUGUUGGGUUUACUUACUUUAAUUUUACUACAGUUAAAGCAAGUAUAAGUAAAGUUAUGUAAGGUGGUUUUUUUUUUUUGUUUUUUUUUUUGUUUUUUUUUAUUCAUUUCUCAUCAUGUGUUUUAAUUGGAUCCCAGUAUACCUAAGCUCUCAUUAAUCUUUAUAUUGGAAAAUAACUUUCAUAUUUGAAUUGUAUUUAUUAAAAAAAAAAAAAACAAAAAAAAAAACAUAUAUACCAGGAAA